AUGGAGGCCUGUCUUCUGCAGCUGCCCCAAAGGCUGCUCCUGCUGGGGGCACCAGCUGCCCUGACUGUGUCUGCUCUGGAGACAGUCCACCUGGUGGACCUCUGCGGGCAGACACGGCAGGGGCACGGGCUGCUGCACCGCUCGCACCCCGCGUCACGGACACUGACUGCCGGCUCCGGGUGCGGCGGGGGCCCCAGCGACAGCAUCCGUUUCCAGUUCCGCUUCCUCCUGGUCUACACCCUGAUCUCGGCGCCGGCAACCCCAGCGCCCAACGCCUCCACCACGACGCCCGCCGACGCGUGCGCCCGCGGCUCCUACCUGCAGUUCUACGCGCGCCCGCGGGGCGCGCCCCGGGCCCUGGGGGUCCCACUCUGCGGCCUUACCAUCCCUGUCCCGGUGGCGUCCUCUGGGGACUUCCUGGGCCUGCGCCUGGACCAGCCCCGCGUGGACUUCGUGGGCGAAGUCACCUCUUUCCAGAGAAAAUCAUGCCCUAGAAGGGACAGUUCUCAGUGUCAGCUCUGUUAUUUCCCACUGCAGGUCCCUCUGGUGCCCAGCCAGGCGGGCAGUGCAGGGGAUGAUACUUCCAAGCCCCCAACUGUCUCCCCAGCUCUCGGCUCGGCAGGCCCUCUCCAGAUUACAGCUGAGAGCAGUCCCCCAGCCGGGAGACUGUACAACAGGAUGCAGUUCUGGAAGCUAGAUGGCUCUUGGUUAGCACCUGACCCACUCCCCCGAUCAACAUCACACUUGUUCUUCUCCAGGAGAUGGGGAUGGGGGCAGCAGGCCCAGGCUGAGGCCUGAGUGGACUCCACCUUUCCUUCCGCAGGCCC